CCCCGACGCGAGGACGGCAGGGGAGGGAUGGCCGUUAGGAGGCCCACCCCUUCCGCCUCGCCCGGCCAACCGCCGCCCGUCGCCGAGAGCAGGAAGAUGGCGGACCUGCACCGCCAGCUGCAGGAGUACCUGGCGCAGGGGCGUGCGGGCGGCGGGGCGGCCGCCGAGCCCCUGCUGGCCGCGGACGCGGCCGAGGAGCGCGCGGCCACGGGCGGGCCGGCCGAGGCGUGGCUGGGCCGCGCGGGGCUGCGCUGGCCGUGGCCACGGAGCUCGGCCGAGCCGGCUGCAGCUGGCCCGUCGUGCCUGCCCGCCGUGACGCGCGGACAGCGGCUGGCGGCGGGCGGCGGCUGCCUGCUGCUGGCCGCGCUCUGCUUCGGCUUGGCCGCGCUCUACGCGCCCGUGCUGCUGCUGCGCGCUCGCAAGUUCGCGCUGCUGUGGUCGCUGGGCUCGGUGCUGGCGCUGGCGGGCGGCGCGCUGCUGCGGGGCGGCGCGGCGUGCGGCCGCCUGCUGCGGGGCGAGGAGACGCCGUCGCGGCCCUCGCUGCUCUACGGGGCCGCGCUGGGCGCCACGCUGUACGCGGCGCUGGGGCUGCGCAGUACGCUGCUCACGGCGCUGGGCGCCUGCGCGCAGGUGGCCGCGCUGCUCGCCAUGCUGCUGGCGGCGCUGCCAUGGGGUGGCCUCUCCGCCCUGCGCCUGAUGCUCGGCCGCCUGGGCCGCGGCGCCGGCCUGGCCAAGACGCUGCCGGUGUGAGAGCGCGGGCCCAACACUGCAGGACGCACGGGUGUGGAGGGCUCCGGGUCUCGAGGCAUCGUGGGCGCGGAGCGGCGUCCGGGACUGAGGCUGGAGCGGCUUGGCUACUACGCCCAGGAGCGCACGAUCCUUCUGAAGAUCCCCGAUUGUGCCACUGAAGACGAGCGCACUGUGACACCGCUGCUGAGAGGAACUUUUUGCAUCCACCGUAGUUUUGGACUGAGUUCUUCGAAUUAGCGAUUUUCCUGAUUUUUCUCAGGUUUACCUUCUAAAAACAUCCAGCGCCAUUUGGCUGUAGCAGCUUUCUGGUUUUGUUUUUGCUAUACCUAAGAGUUGGACCGU